AUGAUCAUCGUACACAGAUUUAGUAGCAUUAGUCAGUGGCCUGCCUGUGUGUUAAUAUAUGUUUUUUUUUUUCUUUUUCCUGCAGAUACGUAUCAAGGGCAACAACAAAGUUGGCAGCAGACAAUUCCGCCACCAGCUCCGCAAGUCUUGAAGAUCCCUCCUCCAGCCUAUGCCUCGCGUCCACCAAAUUCACCACCACGCCCUGUAUCUGUACCAGUGACAGCAAGCAGUGGAGGUUCCUCUGGUCCUGAGGAUCCACUUCUGUUUUCGCCAUCACCUGGUCCUUCCCUUGGUGGUUUCUCAAAAAGCAGCUUCACGUAUGAGGAGCUAGUGGUGGCAACGGAUGGGUUUACGGAUUCCAAUCUACUUGGGCAAGGUGGGUUCGGAUAUGUUCACCGAGGAAUGCUUCCAAAUGGGAAAGAAGUUGCCGUCAAGCAGUUGAAAGUAGGAAGUGGGCAGGGAGAACGUGAAUUUCAGGCAGAGGUCGAAAUCAUCAGUCGUGUGCAUCACAAGCAUUUGGUUUCAUUAGUUGGGUACUGCAUUACUGGGGAGAAGAGGCUACUUGUGUAUGAAUUUGUUCCGAACAACACUUUGGAGUUUCAUUUGCAUGGUAAUGUUCGUGUCUUUCAUUGGCAUAUUCCUUUUUAGAAUACUUGAUAUGUAUUUUUUUCCAAACUUUGAUCUUUCGUGGGCAAAUUAAGAUAGAAAAAUGUUUGCAAAAAGACUUCAUGUUAUGUACUUGAAUCAAGUGAGAUAUGGUCAGUCAUUGUUCAUUGAUAGUUGCUAUGAUGCCAAAACAAUGCAAAAUAUGGGGGUUAGUAGAAUGUGGAUAAUACAGGACUUAGAUAUGUGCUUAAGUCUCUUGUUUCCCGGGGCAUCAUCUUAUGACGAGAUUUAUGCAUAGAAUUGACAAGAGGGAUUGACAUUUGAAAUUUAAUGAGCAAAACUAUGGUUAGUUUUUCGUUUUUUUCAGCAUAUCAUCAAGAAAAUUUUCUUUUAUGCAUUGAGGAGACUAAACAUUCAUGGAUCCCUUUCCUUCGUUUUUUUUUUUACUUGGAUGAAGCAGGGAUUCAUCUGUAAGGGCUACUAGUUUUCCUAUCAGUGUUGCGACUUCAAUGGCUUAUGAAUCUACGUUCAGGAUUUUUUAGUUUUCGUUCUCAUUAUGAAUCCUAUCUUUUUAGAUUUAACCUUAGAUCCAUGCAGGAAAAGGACGGCCAGUGUUGGAGUGGUCCACCAGAUUGAAAAUUGCCUUGGGCUCAGCAAAGGGAUUAGCUUACCUGCACGAGGACUGUGAGUUCUGAGCUCUGGUUUCCCGGGCUGGUUCUCUCUACGUUUCUUCCUACUGUAGAUGGGAUAUAUGAGACAUUGGAUGAUCUUACUGGUCCUGGUUUGUCUGCAGGCCAUCCAAAGAUUAUCCAUAGGGAUAUCAAGGCAUCAAACAUUCUUCUCGACUAUAAGUUUGAGGCGAAGGUACUAUUGGUUUCAGUUUUUUUUUUUCUUCCUAGGUCUGCAAAGUUUCUACCCUUUUCAGAGAAAAAUAAACAGGAAAAGGGAUACCACUAAUAUUGUUAUGAUGAUUAUGGUAAUGCUUGAUAUUCAAUCUAUAUAGCGGUCAAGGGAUAACAGGUGCUACAGUGAACAAAAACUUUUAAAACUCUGGAUGAAGUGAAGAGCAAGUGAAUGAUGAGUUCAUGAUAGUUUUAUAUUUUCUAUUAUCCUAUUAUUUUUCAUUGUUGUAAGGAAAUGAAUGAUCUCGCACAAAUGUUUUUAUUUUGUGAUUCUCAUAGCUUUAGAUUUGGUUUUAACCAAAGUCAAUCAGUUUUACACACCGAAUCAAGUGAUAAAAAAAAAUGAAGCAUCUAUCGAAAUCCGACCCAUAAACGAAAUCACAUGUUUGCCCUCUUAAUUCAGUUGAGAAUGGGCUAAAGCUGUAUAUAUAAAAAAAAACCUGGCAACUCUUUUAAAGCCAUGGAAUCGGCCAAAGCAGAGUAGAAUCAAGGAGAAUCUCAAAAGCAAAUCUGAAAUGACAGAAGAAGAAAAUACCAAAAAUUAUCUGGAACACUUAUAUCCCUUGUUUAUCCCAGAUUUCUCACCACUCCAUUGGAGACUUCAGAUUUGACAAAAAAAAAAAAAAAAAGAAAGUUGCUAACUUUAGGAAUAUUUCUUGUGUCUUUAAGUCGUCUAGUCUAUGCCAUGCGUGUAGUCUAGAUAUCUUCUCACUAGUUCACUGCUUAUAUAUUAUAUAUCUGUAGAUCAAAACCCAUCCCCAUCUAGAACGGCCGAGUGCAUAGAUCAUUUAUCUGAAAAGAAAAUCUGCACAAGUGUACAUCCACUGUUCUUAGUCUCUCCAGUGAGUCUGACAUAUCUUGAUGUCAUUUGCAGGUUGCAGAUUUUGGACUGGCUAAAAGCGCUUCUGAGGCAAACACACACGUCUCAACUCGAGUCAUGGGAACUUUUGGGUAUGUUGCAUCUGAUUUAUCUCGUGAUUUCAACCUGUUUGAUAUGGUAUAAUGUUGUCAACUGCAUUCCCUUCAUCUCUUCCUUCAAUCAAGCACAUUGCUCGCUGAAUGCCCAAAGCCGCAUUAUUACUAUUUAAGGAUAGUCUCAUACUGUUUAAGGGAGAAAUCGAUCGAUUGCUGAGUAUAUAAGCUAAAAUUAGAGCUCUGAUUUCAAUCCUUCCAGUGCAUACCCUGUUUCUAUUAUCCACGUGUCAAAACCUGAAAGAAGGUCCCAUGCCAGAGCAAGAACUCUGCUCUAUGUGGAUCAUUGUCAGCAUGCUUAAAUGCUCAAACUCCAAUCCCAAUUGUUAUCUCCUGAAAUGGGCCUGCUGCCUUCUGUAAUCUAAUAACUUGCCCAGUUUAGUAUUCUUUUAGAUUGAGAAAAAUAACAAAACAAGUGCCAUUCUUCUCGCAGGUAUCUGGCCCCAGAGUACGCAGCAAGUGGAAAGCUCACCGACAAAUCCGACGUGUUCUCUUUCGGAGUGAUGCUCUUGGAGUUGAUCACUGGGCGUCGGCCGGUUGACUCCGCCAAUGCCUUCAUGGAUGACAGCCUUGUGGAUUGGGUCUGUCUCUCCUGCUCUCACACUUGGAAUUGCAUGGAUAUCAGCUACUUCACAACCAAAGGAUUUUAGUGUUGUGUUGGUAGAGUAAUCUCUAAGGCUACUCCUAACUGCAGGCAAGGCCUUUACUCACGCGGGCGCUGGAGGAUGGCAACUAUGAGGCUCUUGUGGACCACCGGCUGGAGAACAACUACGAUCCCAACGAGAUGACCCGGCUAGUUGCCUGUGCUGCAGCCUGUGUUCGCCACUCGGCCCGCCGUCGCCCGCGGAUGAGCCAGGUAGCUUAUAUCCUCCCGUUUAGAACUGCACAACCUCCCCUUGAAGUUGCCUGUGCUCUGCAUGGUUCCUCAGUAUAUCACCAUCAAGAUGCCAUCUAUAUGGUUCUUCAUCUCUCUAGCCGGUGUAAUUCCUCGAUAAUAUACAACCAUAUGGUUGUUUUUUCUUUCCUUCUUGAUUUCUUCCUAAAAACUAGGAUGCUUCCCCGAGAUGUCCGGAUUUCACGUUUCUCCCUAAUAUCACCAUGAGUUCCAUUCAAUCUUUUGGAAGAUAUUUCAAGAUCAUCAUCAUUUUCUAUGGAAUGUCAACAAAUCAUUCGAUCUGCACAACUUCCGAGCCCCCCAAUCAGAGACAAUUUUUUUUCUAAAUCAGGCUAAUAGAUGUUGAUUUCUCUCCUUCUGGUAACAAUUAUGAAAUCAAACUUGCUUAUGACUUAAGACCCACUUGUAUUUAGUAAAGUCAAACUGGAAUUCUUCAAGUUUAUCAUCCUUCUCUCCCGAAUUCCGACUAAUUAUAGCUAAGGCACUUAUUACACAUGAUUGCUUUCGCAUUUGACAUCAUCAUCCACGUGUCUACCCCGGCAAAUGCUCAAGAACCCACAUAGUUUGUUUAUCCACAUGAUCAUCAUCAUCCUUUCCAGCACACCAGUCCAUGGCCAUGCUACCUCUCCGGCCAACAAAUCAGUCCCUGUUUGUACAGGUUUAUGAUCAUAAUCCAGUGUUCCUUUGUCUGGGUACGCCUGACCCUCCCCCUUGCUGGUGCAGAUCGUCAGGGUUCUUGAAGGGGAUGUGUCCCUAGAGGAUCUGAACGAGGGGGUGAUGCCCGGGCACAGCUCCAUGUACGGCUCCAGCACGGACUACGACAGAGGACAGUACAGCGAGGACAUGAGGAGGUUCAGAAAGUUGGCGCUGGGAAGCCAGGAUUACCCCACCAGCGAGUACAGCGCCCCCACCAGCCAGUACGGGAUGAACCCGUCCGUGUCGAGCAGCGAAGGCUACCCAUAUCGCGACGAGUCCGGGAGGACGAAGAAAGACAGCAGGGACUUCAGCGGGUAA